AUGGCAGAAGCAACAACAGGAGGGUCAGCGGGAGGAGGUUCAGGAGGGGUUGCAGUGGGGGUGGUUGGGGGCUCUGGGCCGGGUAAGGCAGGUGCAAUUGGUGGUGCUUCAGGUGUCACUGCUUCUUCUCCUGGCGGUGUUGCUGGUGGGAGGCUGGGCGGAGGAAAGGCAGGAGGAGGCGGAGGAACAGCACGGGGAGGAGCGAGUGUGGGAGCCGGGGGUGGUGAAAAUGGGGCAGUGGGGGGCAUUGGGGGCACUCUCAGUGCAGGGCGGGCAUACCCCACUGCUGCUCCCCUCCCCCCCUCACCCGCUGCCCUCAGACCCUCCGCUCCCCCCCACGCCCCGGCCUCCCUCCCCCCUCCCCUCCCCCCGCCCGCGCGCCAGCCUCUUCCCCCUCUGCACGCCGCUACGCCCCCACUUCCCUCUAACCCAGACUCCGCUGGUGCAGGGAGCUUCACUCCCCUUGCACCCUCAGGCCCCCCCGCCUCCCUGCAACAGCAGCAGCAACAACAGCAGCAACAGCAGCAGCACCCUCCUCUCCCACCCCCCCCUUCAUCGCUUCCCGCCCGUCCCCUUCCACCUCCCUCACUCGCCCCCUCAACCCUCCCCUCCCCUCCUGCCCCGCGCCCCCCUCCCCUCCCUCAACCCCCCCUUCCACUCUCUGCCCCUCCUGCCUCCCCUUCCUCUACCUUCUAUGCUUCGCACACUCACUCCCCAUCACACCCGCCUCUCCCUCCCAGCAGCAGUGCGUUCCAAUCCACUCCCCCUAAUCCUUCUCAUUCUGGCUUCCCGUCUCCCUCUCUCAAUCGACCUCCUCUCCCUCCGCCUCCCACCCCUUCCACCCCUCCCAACCCCCCCCAAUCCACCCGCCAACCUCCCCUCCCUCCUCACUUUCCUUCUGCGCCCUCAUCUCUCCCACCCCAAUUCUCCUCUCCACCUGCCCCUGCCCGCCCUCCCACCAUGCCCCCUCUCCCUGCCAAUUACCUACCCACCACACCACCCACUCCCUCCUACCCUCCCUCUUCCCCAUCGCCUUCCCAACAACAGCAGCAACAGCAGCAGCAGCAGCUUCAAAAUCCCCGCAUUAUGGGAGGAGGCAUGGGAGGAGGUUUGGGUGGAGGUAUGGGAGGAGGUAUGGGAGGAGGCAUGGGAGGAGGCAUGGGAGGAGGUAUGGGAGGAGGUCUGGGAGGGGGUAUGGGCGGAGGUAUGGGAGGGGGUAUGGGAGGAAGCAUGGGAGGAGGUAUGGCAGGAGGUAUGGGAGGGGGCAUGGGGGGUCAAAUGGGAGGGAUGCCGCGGGAAGGAGGUGGCUUGGGGCUUGCAGGGGGCGCGUUCUUUCCCCCGGGACCCUCUUCAGGGGGUAUGGGUGCUUUUGCUGGUGGUGCUGGUGGGGUCAUGGGUGGGGGAAUGGGAGGGGGCAUGGGAGGGGGAAUGGGAGGAGGGAUGGGAGGUAUGGGAGGGGUUGGGAUGGGGGGAGGAAUGGAUGGUGGUGGUAUGGGGGGGUAUAACAUGCCUCCUCUCCCCCCGUCGAGGCAUGCGGGGCCACAUGGGAAUUAUCGCAUGGACAGGCCUGGAGAUGGCGGCAUGGGGGGGGGCUGGGGAUAG